AUGGAGGCCCCUAUCCUGGAAGAGGAGCAUUUCUCGGCGAGUGAGAGCGAAAAUGAAGAGGCAGCACCCCCCACCGCACAAUCAACUCGUCAAGAGCAAAAGGCAUUUUUCAAAGACCUACUAUCUCAAGCUGCAAAGGACUUAGACAGUCAAGAACUGAAUCGCUCCAGCACGGCCGAAAAUGCAGGGUCCACUCGUUACCUGCUUACGACACAAGACUUCGCCGCUACGAUUGAGGAUCCGCGUGAUUACCAGAUUGAACUCUAUGAAAGAGCAAAACAUGAAAAUACUAUCGCGGUGCUAGCUACAGGAUCUGGCAAAACCCUAAUAGCCAUACUUCUCCUGAAACAUAUUAUUCAAAAUGAAUUAAUUGAUCGUGGACGAGGUCAAAGGCAUCGCAUAUCUUUCUUCUUGGUUGACAGCGUAACCCUCGUGUUUCAACAGACAGCGGUCCUUAAGAACAAUCUCGAUCAACCGGUGGCUUCGAUAUACGGGGACAUGGGUUUGGACCUUUGGAACAAAGAUGUCUGGACGGGCUACUUCACGACGAACAUGGUUAUUGUGUGUACGGCAGACAUCCUCACCCAAUGUCUUCUGCACUCAUAUAUCACUAUGGAAGACAUAAAUCUGCUGAUCUUCGAUGAGGCACAUCACGCCAAGAAAGAACAUGCCUAUGCUCGGAUCAUGAAGGAUGGCUACCUCAAAGCAAACCCAGCGAGUCGUCCUCGCAUAUUUGGUAUGACUGCAUCUCCGCUGGAUGCUAAACGUGAUCCGGUAAAAGCUGCUCAUGAGCUGGAGAGUCUCUUGCAUAGUAAGAUCGCUACAGCAUCGAAUCUGAAUAUUCUGCGGCAAGUUGUUGGCCGACCUGAAGAGGAGCAAUGGAAGUAUGCAGCGCUCAAAAAGCCCUUCAAGACUGCCCUUUAUCAGACCCUGGAGAAUCAAUAUGGGGACAUGGAAUGUCUUAAAUCCAUAUUUGCCUUCUCACUCCAAGCCAGUUCUUAUUUGGGUCCAUGGUGCGCAGACCGAGUGUGGGCAGACGCUCUAUCAGAGAAACUGCUGCCGAGGUUCCAUGGGAAAAUUACUUCCGCAUGCAAGCGACUGGGUGUCGAGACUUCAGCGCAGAAGGCUGAGAGCGAGAUAUCGAGACUCAAGCAGAUGUCUGAAAUGAUAGCAAACUAUGAGAGACCAAGUGGAUUGGACAUUCUGGAGCAACUAAGCGACAAAGUUCAGGUCCUUUAUCGGCAUCUGGCCAGAAGGUUCGAAGAAGCCCCAAACACGAAAUGCAUAGUCUUUACGAAGCAAAGAAAUACUGCGAAAUUGCUUGAAGCUGUUUUCAGGGAGCUGUCUGUUCCGAAUAUGCGCCCAGGGGUUCUAGUUGGAAUCCGGCCGGGAGAUAUAAGCGGGAUGAACUCCACUUACCACCAGCAAUUUAAAGCAACAAUCGAGUUUAGAAAAGGGGAACUUAAUUGCAUAUUCGCAACUUCGGUUGCAGAAGAGGGUCUUGAUAUCCCGGAUUGCAAUCUUGUUGUCAGAUUUGACCUCUACGACACUCUUAUUCAGUACAUCCAGAGCCGUGGCAGAGCGAGGAGUCUUAAUUCGAUAUAUGCGCACAUGGUAGAGAUUGACAACAUGGAGCAUGAAACCAGGCUUGAUGAAGUCCAUCAGGCAGAGGAGGUUAUGCGCCGCUUUUGCGAGGCCCUUCCAGAAGAUAGACUCCUUGGCGAUAAGUCUGACUCUUUGAAUGCCAUUUUGGAGAGAGAUAGCAGAAAAAGACAAUACAAGAUUGAAAGCACAGGAGCUACCUUGACCUACCAUUCAGCUAUGACGGUUCUUGCACGCUAUGCAAGCUCUCUGAUUAAUGAGGCCCAUUCCUCCUUGCAUCCCUGUUAUGUCACUACCCAAACUAAAGGCCUGUACGAGUGUGAGGUGAUAUUGCCUGAGGCUUCCCCAAUCAGAGGCCUCAUAGGCAAACCAGAGCCUCGAAAGUCGCUUGCCAAACAAUCAGCAGCAUUUGAAACGUGUAUUCUUCUGCGAAGGCAUGGCUUGCUGAAUGACCAUUUUGUGUCCACUUAUCAACGCAGACUUCCGGCAAUGCGCAAUGCAAAGCUGUCCAUCACUUCCAAAAAGACGAGCCAAUAUUCAAUGAUAGUCAAGCCUGCAUUCUGGAAAAAGGGCUGUGACCAUGUCCCAUGUGAACUCUAUCUCACGGUGAUCAUGUUUUCUCCGGCCGAACCACUACAAAAGGAAAGACGUAACCUGGUUUUGUUGACUCGCGAGCGACUACCACAAUUCCCCGAGUUCCCCAUUUACCUGGACGAUGACGUCGAAACAACAAUAAGGACUAUCUCAAUGUAUAAGGCGUUAUCUCUUUCGGCAAGUGAGCUUGAGCUUUUGACUACUUUCACUCUUCGCAUCUUCCAGGACUUGUACAAUAAGGUCUACGAAAUGAAUCAGGAGGCCAUGCCAUACUGGUUGGUUCCUACGGCAAGUGGUAUUGGAGAGUAUGGAGAGGAUGCUAAUCCCUCAGAGGUUAUUGAUUGGGACACGCUGCAGUUUGUUAUGGACAACGAACGACUUGAUCGAAACUCAGCUUCUCCCGAGGACUUUGUUGGCCGUUUUGUCUAUGAUACUUGGAACGGAAAAUAUCGCUACUUUCUCACAGGGGUCAAUACUUCUUUUCAUCCAUCAGAUCCACCACCAUCGUUUGUACCACAUCGUCGAUAUAUGGAAAAUAUCAUGGAAUACGGACUCAGCUUGUACAAGAACAGUCGAGUUCGUUUCCUGGCUGAAUGUGAUUGGAACCAACCCGUUUAUGAUGCCGAGCUGAUACCUCUCCGUCGCAACUUGCUGGAUAAAAUGUCAGACGCCGAAAAGGACGUGGAGAAGAGAGUGGUGGUGUGCCUCGAGACUCAAGUCAUUUCCGCUAUCCCUGCCAUGGUUGCUACGAGUUGCUUGGCGUUUCCAGCAGUCAUUACCAGAUUCGAUUCAUAUCUCGUUGCUCGUGAAUGUACCGACACUCUUGGUCUGAAAGUACAGUUGGAGUAUGCUCUAGAAGCUGUGACAAAGGACUCUGAUAAUACUGGAGAGCAUCGACUAGAGCAAAUCCACUUCCAAAGAGGGAUGGGAAAAAACUAUGAACGACUCGAAUUUCUUGGGGACUGCUUCCUCAAGAUGGCGACAUCAAUAUCUUUAUUCGUUGAGAGUCCGAACGAUCAGGAGUAUGACUUCCAUGUUAACCGCAUGACACUAAUUUGCAACAGAAAUUUGUUCAAUACUGCGAUACAGCGGAAGAUAUAUGAACAUAUUCGGAGUAAAGGUUUCUCUAGACGAAACUGGUAUCCUGACGGAAUGAAACUGCUUCGUGGAAAAGCGAACGAGGACCAAGGAUUAACACAUGCACUAGGCGAGAAAACGAUUGCAGAUGUUUGCGAGGCAUUAAUCGGAGCCUCUCUCCUGUCUGGCGGCCCCGUCAACCGCUUCGACAUGGCAGUCAAAGCUGUGACCGCUUUGGUUAACAGUGAUCACCACAAUGUCGAUAAUUGGGCGGAAUAUUCUUCUCGUUAUUCCUUGCCACCUUAUCAAAUCAAGGAAGCCGAUGGGUUUGAGAAGGAUCUUGCCAGGCAGGUUGAAAUGAAACUCGGGUAUUGUUUCCAGUAUCCGAAAUUGCUUCGGUCCGCAUUUACGCAUCCUUCGUAUCCUUCUGCAUGGUCUACAGUGCCAUGCUAUCAACGGCUUGAAUUUUUGGGCGACUCGCUUUUGGAUAUGGUCUGCGUUGAGGAUUUAUAUGAGCGUUUUCCGGAUCGUGAUCCCCAGUGGCUGACUGAGCACAAAAUGGCUAUGGUCUCCAACAAGUUCCUAGGUAGCUUGGCUGUCCGCCUUAGCUUGCAUACCCAUCUACAGUACUUCAGCAACCCGCUUCAGGCGCAGAUUGCUCGAGCCGUUCAAGAUUCACAGCUUGCUUAUGACAGUCAUCAAACCGUAGAUUUUUGGCUGCACACUGACGAUCCUCCCAAGUGUCUUUCGGAUAUGGUAGAAGCUUAUUUAGGUGCUAUUUUUGUCGACUCUGGGUUUGAUUUCGGGGUGAUUGAGAGCUUUUACGCCAAGCAUAUCAAACCUUACUUUGAAGACAUGGCCCUUUACGACACCUUUGCGAAUAAGCAUCCGACGACAUUCCUUCACCGGAAACUUACUGACGACUUCGGCUGUAUACAGUACACCUUAAGGGCAGCCGAGAUCCCGUCCGUGGAUGGUGCUCCGCCUGUAGUAUUGGCAGCCGUGCUAGUCCACGACGUUGUUCUGGCCCAGGGUACAGCGUCGUCGGGCAGAUAUGCCAAGAUAAAGGCCAGCGAGGUUGCGAUGAAAAAUCUGGAGGGUUUGAGUGUGAGUAGGUUCCGGGAGAAAUAUCAUUGCAAAUGUUCUCGUAAUGUAUCAUCUCAUGGAGCGGCCGCUCCUCCUCGACCGGAAGAUAUGGGAUGUGCGAUUUAAGUCGUUGACUUU